UUGAAAACUAACUGGAUUGUUUACUCCCACCACACCAUGGACCACAUAAGACCAGAUACUGAGUUACCCAACGCUAUGGCUCCUGGAGAUGCGCAGUCUCAUCAAGACGUGAUGUCGGAUGAGGAGAGAGCUUUGGAGAAUGAACUCAUUGCGUGCAAAGCAGCGUUAGAAAACGCACGGAAGGCUGUUGCCGACACUGAUUUUUACAAAAUGACCGAACAUAUCCUAGAGUUGGGCAGAAUCAAAUUCAAGGUUCGGAAACACCUACGUGGGCAUCUAACCAAAGUCACCUGUGUUCAGUGGGGUUCUGACAGCCAACUUCUUGUUUCCGCAUCUCAAGAUGGUAAACUGAUUGUUUGGGACACCUACACAGGGAAAAAGGCGCAUAUGAUACCUCUUAAGACGGCUUGGGUUCUGGGAUGUGCUUUCUCACCUUCACUGAAUUUUGUUGCAAGCGGUGGGUUGGAUAACCUUGUGUCUAUAUUCAGUCUCAAAUCUCGCGAUAGCUCGGCAAAAUUUGUCCGCGAUAUGGCCGGUCACACGGGUUAUGUUGGCUGUCUCCGGUUCUUGGACGAUCAGCACUUAUUAACUUGUUCCGGAGACAAGACAUGUGCCCAUUGGGACAUUGAGAACGGCAAAAUCAUUACUUCAUUUCGGGGCCACGCCAAUGAUGUUACAGCGGUGGCCAAUUCCAAGCAGAUGCCGAACACUUUUGUUUCUUCUUCUUCGGAUCACACAUGUCGGCUAUGGGAUUUACGUUCUAGUGGUGCAGUGCAAUACUUUGAUGGCCAUCAGUUGGAUGUCAACGGCGUAGAUUUUUUCCCUAUAAAUUCUUACGCCUUUGCUUCAUCAUCGGACGAUGGCUCCUGCCGUCUUUGGGAUAUCCGGGCUGAUCAAGCCAUUGGAGUCUACAUAGAUGAUUUCAUCAAAUGUGGCAGCACGAGUGUGGCAGUCUCGAAAUCUGGUCGCCUGUUGAUCGCUGGAUAUGAUGAUUACAACUGUCACGUAUGGGAUCUGCUUCGUGAAGAGCGUGUUGGCAUUCUUUCAGCCCAUGAAAACCGCGUGGCAAGUGUGGUCAUUUCUGAGUGUGGGAUCGGGGUCGCAACCGGCUCCUGGGACAGUACCUGUCUAAUUUGGACGGCCAAAUAA